AUGGCUAGCAGUACAACUCAAAAUCAGAAUCUUCCUCAGGCUUCCCUCUAUGUUGGGGAUUUGCAUCCGUUGGUUACGGAAUCGAUGCUGUACGCUACUUUCUCCAACAUCGGUCAAGUUUUGAGCGCUCGGGUGUGCCGUGAUGUUGCUCGACAGUCGUCAUUGUGCUACGGUUAUGUAAACUUCGAGAAUCCAAAAGAUGCUGAACGCGCUUUGGAGAGUCUAAUCUACGAGAACAUUCUAGGCCGUCAAAUUCGCAUCAUGUGGUGUGUUAGAGAUCCAUCUCUCCGUAAAUCCGGUCGUGGAAAUAUUUUCAUUAAAAAUCUUGACAAAGCCAUUGCUCAGAAGGACUUAUAUGACACGUUUUCGCACUUUGGAAAAAUUCUGUCAUGCAAGAUCGCAAUUGAUGAAUCUGGAAAUUCAAAAGGGUACGGUUUCAUUCAUUUUGAGGAUGAAGAGUGCGCUCAGUCCGCCAUAAAUGCGGUUAACGGCAAAAUGAUUAACGACCGUAUCGUCUAUGUUGGCCCUUUUAUCCCACGGAGUCAGCGCAAGGCUGCCACCGGGAAGCCGAAGUUUAACAAUUGUUACGUUAAGAACUUUAGUUCUGAACUUACUGAUGAGGGUUUUAAGGAAAUUUUCUCCGAAUUUGGUGAAAUCAAGAGCGCUUGCAUAAUGCGUGAUGAAGAGGGCAAGUCUAAGGGCUUUGGCUUUGUCUGCUUCAAUGAUCCCGAUCACGCUGAGGCAGCUGUCAACACUCUCAACGGCAAGGAGAUAAAUGGGCAAGUGCUCUACGUUAAUCGUGCUCAAAGGAAGGCAGAGCGCCAAGAAGUCCUACGUCAGCAGUUCGAAAAGCAGCGCAAUGAGCGUAUCGCGAAGUAUGCGGCGGGUAUUAACCUUUACGUCAAAAAUCUGGAUGAUUCUAUUGAUGACGCUCGUUUGAAGGAGGCUUUUGGCAAAUUCGGCAAGAUCACCAGUGCGAAGGUCAUGACGGAUGCAAACGGUACCUCGAAAGGUUUUGGAUUCGUCUGCUUCACUUCACCUGAGGAGGCGAAGGAGGCAGUGAAACUAAACGGAACACUCUUGGGCUCGAAACCUCUCUAUGUGGCUCUUGCUCAGCGACGUGAAGAUCGGCGAGCCAAACUGCUUGCUGAACACCAGCAGAGACUUCAAUACAGACCCAAUGUUGCUAAUAUCCCAGCAGCACAUGGACUCCCGAGUUUUUUCGGUCAACCCCCGUUCAAUCCAACACAGAGGUUUUUUCAAACUGGAGCACCUUUGGCGUCCCAGCCUCGCUGGAAUCGUGGUGCUAUAACAGGACCUCAAGUUCAGCUGGGUCACCCAGGAAUUGGUGCCACGCCUGCUCUUAGACCAACAGUGGGAGCCCCAUAUGUCGGUAGUUCGGGAGCUAUGACUGCAAUGGGACAGGGUCAAUUGGCCCAAGGCAAUUUAGUUAAUCCCCAAUUUCGUGGUCAGACCGCUGGUCGUAGCAUGAUCUCAAGCGCUAUACCGGCUCUGGGCGCUGGCGCAGCUAAUGGUAUUGUUGCAGCUGGCGCUACUGGACCUCAGCAGUACGGAGCCCAGCGGCCGAGUAUACCUGCGCAGAUUCUCGGUGCUGCAGGAGCUGUACCUAGGGCAACGAUGGCGGCUGUCACAGCUGGCAUUCGACCGAACCCAAUGAACCAAGUGGUGCGUUCUAUCGCCCAGCCUAAUGUGGCUGUGGCAACACCAGUUGCUGCCACAGCCGCAGCAAAUGUAAGAUUCAAUCAAACGGCUAGGAAUGUGAUGGCACAACCCCAACCCCCUCGUGCAAUGGUCUCUCCGGCUCGGUUAGCUGUCAGCGAGCAAGUCCAGCCUCAGUCUUCAUUGUCGACUCAGCAACAUCAAAUGCAGCCACAGCAGACUCAGCAAGAGGAAGAAAAAAAGAAGGAAGUUGAAGAUGGGGCUCCUGUGGACCUGACACCUGAGCAAUCAGCUUAUCGGCAGCUCGUUGGGGAGCAACUUUUCGCUAAGAUUCAAGUAACUCAUCCCACUACUGCCGGGAAGUUGACCGGAAUGUUACUUAACUUGGGGCCAACUUAUUGGGAGAAGAUGAUGAACUCGGAUGAAUACUUGCAUCAGAGGAUUAAUGAGUGUAUCCAACUCUUGGAAAAGAAGGAGAAGGAGGAGCAAGCCGCCCGCUCUGCUCAGUCGGAGUUUCCUCCUCUUGGUUCUAAAGAUGAUUUUUGUUUUUUUGAUUGUUCUAUAAAUGGUUAUAAAAACGUACUGUGUUAUCUAUUAAUGGUAACAUUGCCGUCUUCAAUUGGCCUGGAGGGUGGUCUUUGA